UACCUCCAUGGUCUGCAGAGGGUGCAGGGUGCAAAUUGGUUUCCUCUCGAGUUUUCUAGUUAAAGAGCAGAAGCGUUGCAGGCAUUCCAGGUGCAACAUUUGGGGUCUGGUGACCUUUGAGGAGGUGGCCGUGCAUUUCUCGGAGGAGGAGUGGCUCUGCUGGAUCCUGGCCAAAGAUCUCUGCACAAGGAAGUCAUGGAGGAGAGUUAUGAGAAUGUAGCAUCUCUGGGAUUUCCCAAACCGGAGCUCGACUCCUGGAUCAAAGAAGGAGAGGAUCCAUCUGCCCGGGAUAUCAAAGAAGAAGAAGAGGGAUUGACAGGUAUCUGCUCAGGGUUUCCCAAACCUGAGCUCACCUCCUGGAUCGGAGACGGGGAGGGUCCGCCUGCCCAGGAUGUCAAAGAAGAAGAAGAAGAGGGGUUGGCAGGUAUCUUCUCAGGAUUUCCAAAACCUAAGCUCACCUCCUGGAUCGGAGACAGGGAGGGUCCGCCUGCCCAGGAUGUCAAAGAAGAAGAAGAAGAGGGAUUGACAAGUAUCUUCUCAGGUGAUGGGCAGGAUAGUUAUCAAUCUCAGGAGCCAUAUUGGAUCUCAUCAAGAACAGCCAAAUAUAAAAUAGAAGAAGACACCUUUGGGGACCAAGAGGAAUCAAGGAGAAUCCACACAGAAGAGAAACCAUUUAUGUGCAGGGAGUGCGGAAAGAGUUUCAGCAAUAGCACACACCUAACUCAACAUCAAAGAAUCCACACAGGGGAAAAACCAUAUAUGUGUUUGGAAUGUGGAAAGAGCUUCAAUACUACCACAAGCCUGACUUCACAUAAGAGAGUUCACACAGGAGAGAAGCCAUAUAAAUGCUUGGAGUGUGGAAAGAGCUUCAGUCAUAAAAUACACCUUACUUCACACAAGAGAAUUCACACAGGAGAAAAACCAUACAAAUGCUUGGAAUGUGGAAAGAGCUUCAGUCAGAAAACACACCUUACUUACCAUCAAAGAAUACAUACAGGGGAAAAGCCAUAUCAAUGCUUGGAGUGUGGGAAAGGCUUUAGUCAAAGCUCACACUUAACUGUGCAUCAUAGAAUCCAUACAGGAGAGAAACCUUUUAAAUGCUUGACAUGUGGAAAGAGCUUCAGUAAUAGCAGAUACCUUACUUGCCAUCAAAGAAUCCAUACAGGGGAGAAGCCAUAUAAAUGCUUUGAGUGCGGAAAGAGUUUCAGUCAGAGUACAAGCCUUACCACUCAUCAAAAAAUUCACAGAGGAGAAAAACCAUAUCCUUGCUUUGAGUGUGGAAAAAGCUUCAAUAGUAGAUCAAGCCUGACUUCUCAUCAGAGAAUCCACACAGGAGAGAAACCAUAUAAAUGCUUGGAGUGUGGAAAGAGCUUCAGUCAGAGUACAAGCCUUACUACUCAUCAAAAAAUUCACACAGGGGAGAAACCAUAUUCUUGCUUUGAGUGUGGAAAGAGCUUCAAGUGUAGUUCAAGCCUGAUUUCUCAUCAGAGAAUCCAUACAGGAGAAAAACCAUACAAAUGCUUGGAGUGUGGAAAGAGCUUUCGGUGGAAUGCACAUUUAAAAGCGCAUCAGAGAAUUCACACUGGGGAGAAACCAUAUCAAUGCCUAGAAUGUGGGAAAAGCUUUCGUUGGAACACCCAUUUUUUGUCUCAUCAAAGAACCCAUACAGGAGAGAAACCAUUUAUAUGCAGGGAGUGUGGAAAGAGCUUCAGCAAAAACACACACCUUUGUUUACAUCGGAGAAGUCACACAGGAGAGAAACCAUAUCCGUGUUUGGAAUGUGGAAAGAGCUUCAGUCAGAGUUCAACCCUCACUAAACAUCAGAGAAUCCACACUGGGAAGAAACCAUAUAAAUGUUUGGAGUGUGGUAAGAGCUUUAGUCAGGGCUCACAUCUUACUUCGCAUCAGCGAAUCCACACAAGAGAAAAGUCUUAUAAAUGUUUGGAGUGUGGGAAGAGCUUCCGUCAGAGAACACACCUUGUGUCUCAUCAAAGAACUCACAUAGAAGAGAAAACAUUUAAAUGCUUAGAAUGUGGAAAGAGCUUUUCUCAGAGCUCCAACCUCACUAAACAUCAAAUAAUUCACAAAGGGGGAAAACCAUACAAAUGCAUGGAGUGUGGCAAGAACUUCCGUCAGAACAAGCACCUUACUUCACAUCAAAGAAUUCAUACAGGGGAAAAACCAUAUGGAUGCUUGGAGUGUGGAAAGAGUUUCAGUCAGAACUCAAGCCUUACUUCACAUCAAAAAAUCCACACAGGUGAGAAACCAUAUAAAUGCUUGGAGUGUGGAAAGAACUUUAGUCAUAGUGCACACCUAACUCAACAUCAAAGAAUCCACACAGGGGAAAAACCAUAUAUGUGUUUGGAAUGUGGAAAGAGCUUCAAUACUACCACAAGCCUGACUUCACAUAAGAGAGUCCACACAGGGGAGAAGCCAUAUAAAUGUUUGGAGUGUGGAAAGAGCUUCAGUCAUAGCACAUACCUUACUUCACAUAAGAGAACUCACACAGGGGAAAAACCAUACAAAUGCUUGGAGUGUGGAAAAACUUUCAGUCAGAAACCACACCUUACUUACCAUCAAAGAACGCAUACAGGGACGAAACCAUAUAAAUGCUUGGAGUGUGGAAAGGCCUUCAGUCAGAACUCACACCUAACUUUACAUCAUAGAAUCCACACAGGAGAGAAACCUUAUACAUGCUUGAUUUGUGGAAAGAGCUUCAGUAACAGCACAUACCUUACUUGCCAUCAAAGAAUCCAUACGGGGGAGAAGCCAUAUAAAUGCUUUGAGUGUGGAAAGAGCUUUAGUCAGAGUACAAGCCUUUCUACACAUCAAAAAAUCCACAGAGGGGAGAAACCGUAUCCUUGCUUUGAGUGUGGAAAGAGCUUCACUUGUAGUUCAAGCCUGAUUGCUCAUCAGAGAAUCCACACUGGGGAGAAACCAUAUCAGUGCUUGGAAUGUGGAAAGAGCUUUCGGUGGAGCACACACUUUACAGCUCAUCAGAGAAUCCACACUGGGGAGAAACCGUAUCAGUGCUUGGAAUGUGGAAAGAGCUUUCGGUGGAGCACACACUUUGCAUCCCAUCAAAGAAUACACAUAAGGAAGGCACCAUAAAAUGACCAGGCCAUGAUAGAAGUAUACAUCAUUCUUUAGACCUUGCUUGACUUCUAAAGAGA